CGGCUCACCACAGGACGAAGGGAGGGGCGGAGCGCUCCCACUGCGGUGCGCUGGCCGGCGGUCUGGGGGGGGGAGGGGGCACCUUCCCUUACGCGGCGAUGAAACGCCCUUGCGGGGCCAAACGUGGGCCGAAAAAGGGGUCGGAGGAAGCCUUCCGGGACAACCCUUUGCCCGCAAAGGGAGGACCCCCGCCUUUUUGCGAAAGGAGGCAGACUGAAGGUGCUAGGGCAGUUGGCCGCAGCGGGGAGAAACCCGCUGGCGGAGGGCACCCGGCACGCGGCAGCCCGUCGCUUCCAGGGGGUGAUGGGUGGAUUAAUGAAAGGCAGGAUCAUGGAUCAUGGGCCGCGUGUGAAUGGAAGGGGCAAGAGAACGCGGGCGCGUGA